UUUAUGAUAUAUAGUCAUGGGAUUACAAGGCUUUCGAUUGACUCUCUUACAAAUAAGCCAAUCCAUGAUCUUAUACUAAAUGCAUUAUCACUUAUGUUAACUUAAAACUAACUUGAGCUAAUUUUAUUUAUGAUAUAUAUAUAUAUAUAUAUAUAUAUAGUGAUAAUAAUUUACAAAACAACGAUGAACAUUAAUCUUUAUAUUUAUUUUUAAUUCAUAUUUCCCUUAAAUAUAGAUGCAUUUCUCUGGUUUACUUUUGUUAAUAACAUUUUUUUGUACGCUUUUUUUUUUUAACGUUUUGUACAAUUACACAGCAUUAAAAGUAUGUAUACCACAUUUCAGGAUAUCAAAUUGUUAUGAUUACCUUUUAAAUGGCCGUAUACUUUUAAAUUGAUGAAAAACGUUAAACCUAUUUAUUUAAACACAGGUAAAAUUUUAUUAGUUCAAAUAAUAUUUAAUAGAAUAGUAGACCUGACAGAGUAUUAAAAAUGAUAUCUCGUGUAAGUCGAAAGAAAGGAAAAGGAAAGGUAGUGAAUUAGGUAAGAAAAAGUGACGGGACGUGGUUUUGGCGCGCGCGCAAAAGUAAACAAUGAACUGUAUGGUUCUAUAUGGUAGAAGUGGCAACAGCGUAGAGGUCCGAUCCAUGUGACAGAGAAGGAACGUGACAAAAGGUGGCAGAGGGUGACGCCGCCGAGAUCGGAGUGAGUGUUUGCCCGGGCGAGCCGGGUGUCGGGUGUGCUGUGUACGAUUGUCGCGAUAUUCGUCCGUUCUGGCGUCCACCGGAAGGUAAGCGUGCUCGUAAAAGAUAUCGGCCGGUUCCGAGACCUCGGUUCGAUAGAUUUUUCGCAAUGGUACCGAAGAAAACGUGAGAAAAUCAGGAAAAAAGUGCACCAACUAACGAGCAAUAUACAGCAGCUCGACACUUCUCUUACACGCCCAGCGGAGUGCUGCGUCACAUGGGCCGCGCUCAUUGGUCGAUACAGCCAGGUGACGUCAUGAACCGCGCUUUGAUUGGUCUAUACCUCGGGCCCCAGACACGUGAAUCGUGGCCAAGCAAGCAUGGCUGUUGAUGCGCAGUGGUUAGCACUUGUAAAAUGUUUCUGCCACGCGCUAGAUCGAUCAGGUUAUAACCGUCGUGUAUCGUAAAACGUAGCGAGAUCGUCCGCUGUUCAAAAAUUGACAAGUGCCUUGUGAUUUUCCUCAUGUGUCGCGUAUUUGACAGGAGAAAUAUCGUUGAAAUUCUCGCAAGAAAUUGAUUUCUACCGUGAAAGUGGGUUCCAGCGUGUUUCCAUUGUGACCGAAAUAUAUUGGUGGCGUACCUGUAAGUUCCUGAUUAUUUUCCAGCGGUUUCUGGCGUUACCACGCCCGUUUAAAACCCUCCGCGGAACAUUAUCUCGUCAGAACUAUCGCCUAUUUAAUUAACAUGUGUAUAGGUGGUUGCGUGGCGUGUUUCCCGUGCCAUAAUAGACCUAGCCAAUCGCACGGUACUUCAACUCAUGACGUCACGUUAUAGCAAGCUCCUAUUGGCCAACGGUGCGUGCGUCGCCCGUCUAACGUGUGUGUCGCUUUGUCAGUUUAAGGAGCUCGUUCGGUCUACGGCACGCUUCUUGACUUUUCGUAUACUCUUCGAUAGACGACAGAGCCUUUCUUUUACUCGAACUCGCAGCACGCAGUGCAUCGUGCUCUUCUUUCCUAUUUUUGCAUGGUUGCGCCUACUAUGGAAUGCAAUUGUAUCCGCUUGUAAUCGUGGUACGCUUUCGCGAUUACAUUGCCCGGGAUAUAUCUACUUUUCAAAUCAGCGGCGGAACCUCGUUUCUCUGCGUCGCCUUUCCCGCCUCUGUCUCGUCAACCUUUUUUCUUCGCUCACUGAUUUCUCGGACUAACUCGCACCCGACACUCUAUACACUCUACACUUUACACUCUACAUGUUUGUAUUCGCGAAUACGCUCUUGCGCGUACCAACGCCACGUAACGACUCUCGUUUCUGCUAUCGACGCUACAUCACAGGGAAAUUAAUCCAACUCGUUAAGAUGCGACGACGCCUCCUAAAAUCACUGCGUAUCUUCUCCUUAUGCUCUACCAUGAUUUUAGUGUCAGUGAAUGUUUAACCGUUACAAAAGUGUAAAGUGCACUCCGUAAUUUUCCGUUUAACAACAUCUAGUUCAACUUCUUUUUAAUUGAAAUUACCCAAAUUUCUAUUCCUUAUACACUUUUGGGAUGUCUAGCUUUAUCAUUCUCGAUUAUUUCAUUGAAAUUUGUUACCUUCAUUGAUGUUUAUAGUAGAUAACACGUAAACAUAGAUGAUACAUGGGCAUACCGAUUUAUCGUUUGUCAUGUUAAUUAAUCUUCAAUUUAGUAAUGCUGUUACAUAUAAUAUAUAUCUAAAAUUUGUACAUCAUGCAUAAGAUUUUCUUUACAAUUUAUUAUUUCAUCGGUAUCAAGAUUAUGAUAGAUGGGGAACAACCUUUUUGCAAAUUACAUUCGCAACCGAGCUUCAAGCAGUAAAUAGCGAGAUAUAUAUUAUGAACGAUAUGAACGGCGUCUCUUUGCGUUAUUUUCUUUUUGACUGUUAGAUUGUUUCCAGCGAUCGGAACUCAAGAUGCGUGCUAAUGCUCUGUGCUCCAGGAAAGCGCACGUUGCGCUUGCGCACCUCCUCCGCGAGGUAUUACGAAGACGAUUGCCACCCGCGGCUGGCAGCAGCAGAAAAAGAGGAGGGUUGAGACACGAGAACGGGCUCUCGACUUCUUCGUCCUCGGCAGCCGGCGACGGGAAUCGACGGUCCGAUCGCAGAGUCUCAAUCUCCCGAAGGAUCUUGAAAAGGAACAGAGCUCAUCGUGGAGCGAAUCAGGAUGAGCCUGGAAACGUUGCUGGAAGCAGCGCGGUUCGUCGAGCAGCAGGAGAAAACGAGGGAGCGCCUCGCAAGCGGCUCUUCCUCCUCCUCCGAUCAUCCGCUCGCUGUAGCUCCCCACUCCAACCAUCACAACUCCAACGAGCCACGUGGUGCCAAGUUAAAGCGGGAACGUACGGAGCAAGAUGACUUAUUUUGCGAGGAGAAGAUGCUUGUUAUCGAUGAGGAGGAGCCGCUAGAAAAUAAUAGAACGAACGGGAAUCACUCGGCAGGUUCCCGAGGGAGUCCCGUGAUCUCAAGCACGCGAGUAACGCCAUCCUCGGCGAACGCAAGCUCGGCUCAUCUGACCACCGUACACUCUACGUCGCACCUCCAUCUUCAUCAUCAUCAUCAUCAGCAGCAGCAGCAGCAACAGCACCAGCAACAGCAUCAACAACAGCACCAACAGCAACACCACCAACAACAGCAACAGCAGUCGCAGCAGCAACCGCAGCAACAGACGCAACAGCAACCGCAGCCGCAGCAGCAACAACAGCAACACCAUCACCAUCAUCACCAUCACAACAAUCAAAACAACACGCAUAAUCCUUACGUGGAAAAUCAUAAUACGAAUCACUCGCAGCAGAACGCGGGCAAUCUCGUCGUCGACGUCGAACCCAGCCACGACAAUAAGAAGCAUCGAAACGGACCGUGUGUAAUCCGUUCUGGCACCAGAGAAGUGCAUAACAAAUUGGAGAAAAAUCGAAGGGCGCACCUGAAAGAGUGCUUCGAAUUAUUGAAGAGGCAACUCCCGUCGCAGGAAGAGAAAAAGUCGUCGAACCUUUCGAUUCUUCACGCUGCGAUCAGGCAUAUACAGAUGUUGAGAAGGAAGGAACGAGAUUACGAGCACGAAAUGGAAAAGCUUGCUAGGGAAAAAAUUGCUGCCCAGCAAAGAUUACUAGCUCUGAAGAAGGAACUCGCGGCUACUUGGGAUCACAUCGACUUUAAUACUCUUUUACCGGAACAGAAUGCGGCUGCCGAUGUAACGGCCACGAGAAGUAUUUCAGAAAACAUAGAGGUUGAUGUGACGGGGCUCGCACGGGGUGGUACGAGGUACAGCAGUACCAGCAGCCUGAGCAGCGCAGCUACGGCUAGUUCACCGCAGACGCUACAAAGUACUAGCGCGACUUCCAAUAUCCACAGUCAGGUCGCCACUGCGGCAGUUGUCUGCCAAGCGCAGGGUAUGAAUCUUGCGCCAAGUUCCAGAGAAAGUCCACCUGUCAGUUCGAGUCCUGGAACGCCUGCACCUAGCAUUCCUACUCCAGCACAGGAGAAAGUUAAUACUUCACCGACGAGUAUAGUGCAGCAGCCGCACCAGUUGCACUUGCCGAUCAGCGCUCAGAUAUUGAACACCAGUCAAGGCUUGCCGACGAUUGUACCGACCCUUCAGCACCUCGGUUCGAGCUUGAGGGUGAUACCCGGUGACACGAGGCAACUUCUGGUCACUCACACCGCUGGCAGCAACGAAUCCAGGCCGCUCACGUUGGCCGUGCAAAACUCGCCGGAUCAAUCGAGGCCGCUUAUUGCCGUGCAAUCGAACACUGGAAGUGAGCCAAGGCCCGUAGCGCUGGUCGUUCACUCGUCCACGGCCAACGACAACAGGGUAACGUUUGUGCAUUCUAAUCUGUCCAACAACGACAGGCCGUUGGCCCUAGCCGUGCAGUCGUCCGCCAAUGACGUCAGGCCAGUUACAUUAGUGCAUUCGACAAACGAGGGGAGGCCGUUAGUUUUCGCUGCGCAUUCUCCUGCACUGAAUGUUACGAAUGCUCAAACGAGGAUACGAGCGGGUGACGCGCAGACCACGCAUAAAAUGGUCGGUGGUGUGACACUGGUAGGCGGAAAUGGAUCGGAGUUGACUAGACUUCCCGGUGGCGCUGAAUUGAACAUACUGCCUGCAAAUGGAUUGACGCUGAGCCAUGCAGGAGUGUCGCUUCAAACCACAACAGGUAAACCAGGCUCGACAGUGAUGCAAAACGCUCCGUCCACAGAGGGUAUAGCUCAUAUCGUUGGCCCGCACACACCUCUCUCCGGCCUGACACCGAUCGUCACACCGAUGACCGUUGUCUCGCAAGGAAAUCAAGUGACUGCUCAUAUCCUAGCCCCCUCUAGCCUUGCGGGCAAAAUGAUCACCACCCCGAUCCUCAAAUCCGUGGCACAAAUGCCGAUCGUGAACGCCCAGUAUAUCAACACCACCACUCUGGUGAAGCCUGUAGUUGUCGUCAGUUCACCGUCAACAUCCACACCACAGUCGACGACGGCUUCCAGUACACAACCUUCCUCCACCACACACUCGACCGUCUGACAGAAUCAAAAGAAAGUGAAACUAGUUUGAGAAAUGGCUGCCGCUAGGUGUAUGGAGGUGCGGGGUCGCAGAGAUUACGAUAGAUCGGUGUUUAAUCGACACGUGUCCAUGUUCCGUUAUCGUUUAACGAGUUUCGCGUGUAUAGGACCGACGAUUGUACACGAUCGAUUCGAUGCUUCAACGAGAGAAAAGGUAAAAAUCGUAGAUCUGGUCAAGGGAAGAAGUGACAUAAGAGACGCGAUAAUUCUCUCCGUCGUACUAUUUCCAACAUCGAGGGAGGAUUUCUUAUUUUGUAAAACUUCGCUCGUGUCCCUUCGUGCUUUCGAUUUCAAAUGUUUCCGCUCUCCCAAAGAGUGAGACGACUGAGAGAUGCGAAGGUGUUAAAAAUGCUGUUGCUCAACUUACGCGAUUGUGCAUGGUACCUUGAAUGCUUUAGAGAAGUACUUAUGGAAGGCAAAGCUCGCUGGAAAUGGGUCGGGGAAAUGAACGCGACGAGGCAGCUUCGGACGAAGAUGAUCUCGUUCGUGUUUGCCGGAAGCAUAAGAUGGAAGAAAGUAGGCCGAUGUACGCGAUGGAAUUUCUCAAUGCCAUCGUUUAACGUUUGCAAAUUCAACAUUUCGCUGUUCUAUUUUUCGCACGAUAAAAUCCCGGAAGAUAAAACGGUCGAUGAUCGUUGGUAUUACGUUGUCUGUCGAGAGAUCUCUUUUUCUAAAUUGCAUACGCGAUCGUACAUCGGAACGUAUCACGAACGAAUUCCGUCGACGCAUGAAAUCAAUUUGACUCGUGAUACUGAAACGUUAUUUGCACGACUGUUUUUAAAUAUCUUGGCUGCAAAGUAUAACAGAGCUACGUAUAUCGUUUCCUUUUUGGUACCUUGUUGCAAUUGAAGAAGUUCGGCAAUGGAGAAACUAAACUGUGUGUUUACAGAGUGAUGUUAAAUUAAUGAAUUGUAUGAUAUAUAAGGUUCGUUUAUAUGUUUGAAAUUGACCGAAAUCUUGAAAUCGGAUGGAUGAUAAAUAUGCUUGCGCUUUUAAAUUAAUCCUUUAUGUUAAAUAGUGGCUGUGGAGAAACGAUUAUCCUUUACGCCUGUAAUUUACUUUCGGAAUCUUAGAUGAUAAAUUGAACUUACGACGCGUUGAAUGCACGCCAAGGAAAUACGCAUACGUUUCUUUCUUUUCUUUUAUAUGUCUAUACAUCUAUCUAUCUAUCUAUGUAUCUAUCUGUCUAUCUGUCUAUCUAUCUAUCUAUCUAUCUAUCUAUCAAUCUAUCUAUCUAUCUAUCAAUC